UUGAUUCCUCGAGACGAAGUUGAAAUGGCUCCACAUCCGUUCCGGGUCGGGUCCUUCGGCAAGAUUUACCACGGCACUUGGCUUGGUUCGCGAGUUGUCGUCAAGAGAGUCAAGUUGGAGUCCACCAAGGCCCGCGGUGAUUUCUUGCGUGAGGCUGCGAUCUGGAAAAGGCUGCAUCACCCGCACAUCGUCCCCCUGUUUGGUGCCUGCAUCUCGUUCGGUGAGAAACAGACGCAACCAGAGGGUCUCUUUGUGUGCGAGGAAGCGGAAAACGGCAGCUUGCGGGACUUUUUGUUCAACGAGACUCAGGUGGGUCGAUCGCCACCAAUUUGGAGAGCGCUUCGUGACGCAGCACUGGGACUGCGCUUCAUGCACCAAAGGGGCAUCAUUCAUGGAGAUCUCAAGUGUAACAACAUUCUUGUGAGCAAGGCCGGAGUAGCGAUGCUGACGGACUUUGGACUUAGUUCCGCUCCAGCUCAUGAAGAAUCCAUCGGAGCUUUUCAGUGGAAGGCACCGGAAUUGUUUGAACCAGAGUGCAGUGCCCCAACGUUCGAGUCGGACGUCUAUGCUUUCGGCAUGUGUGUUAUGGAGGCUUUACGUGGUGGUUCUCCCUGGGGACCUCUACCUGAUGCUGCGAUCAGAUACGCCCUCGUUAAACUCAAGCGAACGUUAGCUCAAGGUGGCUAUCAGAGGUCGAUAUCGACUUGCAUCAUGCCGAGGCCUGCUAACGUGAAAACCGACCAGCACUGGGCCUUCGUGAAGCAAUUAUGCGCUUUUGAGCCCUCGAAGCGACUGAAGCUCAACGACGCGAUCACAAUACUCGAGAGAUUUGCAGAAGUG